CACAAACAGCAUAUCAAUUGUGCAAAAUUGGCAGUAUUUCCCUGAGCCUAGCAAGAAUGGCAAUCUCUGCAACCAUCUCCAGCCGCUAUGGAGGUUCAUUCCUUCAACAAAACCUUGAUCAUUUCAAAAUAUCUGUCCAAACAAUCCCACGUAGCCAAAACAUUAGAAUGAUUGUUCCUAAGAAAAUUAAUCCUGCAUCCCAUGUUGCAAACUCUUCUGCUCUUGAAGCCACGCAAGUUCAAGAAAAGAAGCCUUUGUCUCUGGACUCGCCUUUUCCGGACUUCCGAUUUGACGAAUACAUGAAUACAAAGGCUAUAUCGGUGAAUAAAGCACUUGAUGAUGCUAUCCCAUUGCAGGAGCCAAUCAAGAUUCACGAAGCAAUGAGAUAUUCCCUCCUUGCCGGCGGCAAAAGAGUGAGGCCGAUGUUGUGCAUCGCCUCGUGUGAGUUAGUAGGAGGAGAUGAGUCGUUGGCCAUGCCAAUGGCCUGCGCUCUUGAAAUGAUUCACACCAUGUCCCUCAUCCAUGACGAUCUUCCCUGCAUGGAUAACGACGAUUUACGGCGUGGAAAGCCCACUAAUCAUAAGGUCUAUGGUGAAGAAACUGCAGUUCUCGCUGGUGAUGCGCUUUUGUCGCUUGCUUUUGAACACGUAGCAGCAAAAACUGGCAACGUUCAAGCAAGUAGAGUGGUUAGAGCCAUCGCUGAGUUAGCUUCAUCUGUGGGUUCUCAAGGGCUCGUUGCAGGGCAGAUUGUGGACUUGAGCAGUGAAGGGGAACAAGUGGAUUUGAAUCAUUUGGAGUAUAUUCAUGUUCACAAAACAUCAAAGCUUUUGGAGGCUGCAGUAGUUUGCGGAGCAAUUAUGGGAGGAGCAAAUGAAGCAGAGAUCGAGAGAAUGAGGAACUAUGCAAAGUGCAUCGGACUGCUGUUUCAGGUGGUGGAUGACAUUCUUGAUGUAACAAAAUCGUCGGAGGAAUUGGGGAAAACUGCAGGUAAAGAUUUGGCUACUGACAAAGCUACUUAUCCCAAGCUAAUGGGGCUCGAGAGGGCAAAGAAGUUUGCCGAUGAGUUGGUGGCUAUGGCCACUGAAGAGCUCAGCCACUUUGAUGCUGUCAAGGCUGCGCCGUUGUAUCAUCUGGCAAACUACAUUGCUUAUCGGCAGAAUUGAUUCACAGUUGGUUCGUGGUUCAGUUGUAAAUUACUUUACAUCUCAAUCUGUUGAUUACUUGCAUGAAUCAGAUUAGGUUUUGUUCUAGGGGUUGAAUUGUCGAAGAAGGGAUUUGGAGAUUUCUUAUUUGCCAUUCUUUCAACCCACUUAACCCUGCAAUGUUUCAAAUAAUGAUAUGGAGCACAGUUCUUAAAUUCCAUUA